UUAUUAUUUAUUUUAUCUUCGAAGUUAUGUACCUGCUAGGCGCAUCCAGGGGCUGAAGUGCUGAUAACUUUUAUCGAUGUAUCACCAUCACUUGCUUCUCGCAAGUUUUUUCAGCCAUUGUUGGGAGCGCUCAUCAAAUGCUGAGUAAUCACACUGGCCUCGGGACGGUACCGGCAAUCUAUAUCCGGCGGUAUAUAAGCCUUUAACAACGAGAUUAUACACUUGGUCUUCACCCUCUUUACUGAGGAAAGUCCAACGAUGAUCGAAGAUGACAUUCAAUUCCUUGGCUUCAGCACGCCUCGGCCUCGCCCCUCUGUCCAGGCGGUGACUGGAUUUGAUCUGCAUAUUGAGAAAAAUGGAGCUGAAUCAGGUCAUUGUAUGAUGUUUCGUAGAGUCAAUACGAACACCGUCGUCGUUGGUCGGAAGCAGCCUCAACAUGGCUCAGAUAUCUAUGAUAGUGACAGUUCGAGCGCAAUGUUCCGCUGUCCUGUUGUGAGCAGAGCUCAUGCCAAGUUCACAUUCUCUGAAUCUGGACUUCUCUAUGUUACCGAUACUUCAUCCCACCAUGGAACACACAUCCGACGACCCACAGAUCUCACUUCAAGACCAAUCCCGACAGAGACUUUAGUGCAAGUGCACAAUGGUGACGUAGUCGUUUUCGGCAAAUCAGUUGGUAGGAACAAUGAAAUCGUUCGACCCAUAGUCGCGAGGGUGGAACUUAUAUUUAACAAUUCUAUCCCAAGAAGGCCUGCGAGCACCACUAAAUCCAUUUCCAGCUCCUCAGGUCGUUACGGAUUACGGUCGAGUGACACUUCAGAGGGAGAUUCCUCUUCCUCAGAUUCUUCGGCAAACUCCAAUGAAUCGCCUUCUCCAUCCUAUGAUCAUUCAUCAGACCAUGAAUCUGACAUCGUGGAAAUCCCUCCUCCUCCCAAGCUUUCUCUUUCUACAGUCAUACCUAGCGUUAACAGCGCCCUUCGCACUCUUACAUUGCCGAUAUUAAAUGUUCCUGGCACCGAGGCCAAUAGAGAUCACCUGUCUCUGCCUUCGCUAUCUUUUUCUCCCUCCAUGAGCAAUUCAAAGUUCAAUCAACCCCAAGCGGACAAGACCACCAUCGAAGCGGUGAAUGGUGUAGAUGCCUAUACCAACGACAUCUUUGAUUUUGGCAGUCCUAUACAUCCUUUAGAGGAUAGUUUUGCCAUCCGGCCUCAAACGACACAAGCUUUGCGUUCGAGGACAAAAAUGAGUAUGAACACUUUAUUUCAACACGGUCGCCCUGAUAGGCCUCCACGUCGAAAAUCCAAAUCCUGGUCUAUGUCUCCUAUGGAUCUCGCUACCCCCUCUCCGCCUCCUUCACCACCGAAGAGCGUUGGUAACAAUGAUAAUUCAACUGAUACGCCCUUGGUGAUAAGCGAACCUAGAAGGGAUUCCUCUUAUUCCAACGCACAUCACGAGUCCUGGUCGCCGUUGAGCACACCACCUCCUCUACCUUCCUCCCCCCCUAUGCGUUCUCUACAGCAUUUUUCAUCUCCUCCAGCUUUGCUGAACCGAAUAAGCAAUUCCAGUCAAUCCUCGUCACAGUCUACCUGCGCCGUUAAUUGUUCUCCAGAGGAGCCUAUCCUUCGUCCUCUAUCUUUGAUGAUGCGAAUGGUUGAUUCCGUUCAAACUUCAUCUCGUCCUGCUUCCACUUGUUCAAAAGAGCAAGAAAGUUCUGUUGCUGUCCUCGUCGAAGAGGCUCCUGAACAUGACAGCAGAGAUCCAGAGGAUAACACGGAUAUGCUUGUGAGCAUAGAGGAUGAGCUAGGGCCACAUGCAGAAGGAUGCCUAACUGAAGAGCCUCCCAGCGUAGUAACUGACAACAUCGAAGACGAAGAUCGCUUGGGGAUGGAUGAACAGGUAUUCGAUGAGGUUGACAUCAACCGGUCUGGCGUACAAGAGGAACCAGAGAAUGUGAUGACAACCUCAUUUUUUGGUGUUGUCGAUACUGACCAAAUAACUCAGGUGGAAGAACCUAACAGUUCAAUGAUUGAUCUACAAGUUAUGAGUGCUACCUCAAGUCCAGUAACGAGCGUUUUGCAACGUGCUGGAGCUGCGUUUUCGUCUCUGAAGGAGCGAUUCAGUGGGUCAAACAUUGAAAUUAACUCGAAGGAACCUACCGAUGGUGCUCAUGCUUCUGCUGUUGGCCUUACUUCGGAAGCCCGCGAGACUGACUCCAAUGAGGACCUUCAUAAAAUCGACAAAGAGUUACUAUCUGUGAAGAAUGAUCUUGCCACCAUCCGACUCCGACACCGCAAGUACAGAACUCGUUUCAAUGACAACGUCGUUACCAUGAAUACAAAGCUGGCACAACUCAACACCCUUUCCUCCAGUCUUUCUACCACAAAGGAUCAUCUUAGCGGCUUAGAUUCCAACCUCGCUACAAUCCAAACCGACAUUGACUGGGUGAAAGGUGACCUUGAUGGGAUCCGCUCUGAUGUCGACGAAGCAAGGGGAAAUGUUGAUCAAGUGCGGAGCGAUACUGACGGAAAUCGUAUGGAUAUAGAUGGACUACGAAACGACGUCGAGAGUAUCAGGGGCGAAUUUGACUCCCUACGAGGUGAAGUUGAUGGUGUCAAGGAUGAAUGUGACAUCGUUCACGGGGAUUCGGCGGGUUUUCAAAGCGAAAUUAACGAAGUGCGAAGUGACGUUGAAGGCAUGAGGAUGGAACUCAAUGAUAUGCGGAGGGAUGUUGACGAUUUGAUGGGCCAGCAGAGCCUGAAAGGAGAUGCCGCGGUCCAUGGCAAAGAGGAAUUGAGCAACUUACGACAAGAGUGGAUCAAGUGGAAGGAAGAUGCAAAGUUUGCCGAUUACUGAACUCCAAGACUGUCGUGCUGGCCUUGCUAUUGCGGAAGCGGAUAUUAAGGCGCUUUACCGGCAGAUCGGUGACGCUAACAAUUUACUCGACACCCAAGAAGAUAUGUUGAAGGUUCUACAAAGACAAGAUAUC